CUGAUUCACCACCUCCAUCGCUACAAUAAAUAACUCACACUUUUCUCUCUCUCGCUCCUCUCAUCAGCUUCGGAAGUUCCCUUCAGAUCUGAUCCGAGCAACAAAGGUUUUUGAGUUCAUUUUUAUAAGAUCUGGGAGAGCAUGGGCCGUGGAGUUAGCAGCGGUGGAGGACAGAGUUCAUUGGGCUAUCUGUUUGGGAGUGGAGAGGCUCCUAAACCAGCUGCAACUAAUGCUGAAGUAGUUGCUCCAAAUGAAGUGCAGCCUGUGAAUAAUGCGCCUGCCUCCAAACCUGCUCCUGCUCCUGCUUCUCCACCUGUAGAUGUUGCCAAGCAGGUUCCUGCUGGUAUCAACAGUACUUCUUCAAAUAACUAUAUGCGGGCAGAUGGUCAAAACACUGGGAACUUCAUCACGGAUCGACCCUCUACUAAGGUUCAUGCUGCCCCGGGUGGUGGAUCGUCUUUGGGUUACCUAUUUGGUGGUGGCGGCGGUGGUGGUAACUGAGAUAUGCCAUCCUACAGGGGCAGAUGGAAUUAAUGUUUGUUGAUUUUUGUGGAACCUGUGCUUCAGACGAGGCAAUGCUGUCAUCUUUUAUAUAAACAAUGGAAACUUGCUGGAUCAUGUGAUGUAAUAUAUUGGUUUUGUGAUUGUUGUUUGGAUAAUUCAAUCAAGAGCUGUUUCAAAUGCACCAAGUUACAUUAUAAUGCAUAAUAGUUUCUUACCA